UCAGAUAGCUUCACUUCUAUCAAGUCAAUAGUUCACUUCUAAAAGUCAUGAAGUUAAUUACGUUUUUCAUCAUUCUUGGAGUAGCAGGACAUGCUCUGGCUGGAGGGCUUUCACAAUGUGGUCCACUUCUUCAAACAUUCACGCCAUUGAUGCAAGCUAUUGAAUAUAUUGUGGACUUUGUUUUGGACAAAACUGAAACAACUGUCCAGGAACAUCCAUUUGUUGGAAACAGUUACAUUGCAGGAUUCAAUGCGUUCCUUUCUAUAGCAAAUCUGACAUUCGCGACUGGAAUUAGUCAGUUGUCAGGAGUGAAUGUUGAUUACAUCAUGGGAAUCUUUAAUGGAACUGUUUCAUCGCCAUUUAUAUCUCCAUUGGAUUGCAUUGAAACUGAACUUUUAUCUUACAUUACUUAUGCUCAAAAUAUUGUACAGAAUAAUGUAAAUCCACUGGUUUCACAGGUUCAGCAAUCUUCAGUUGAUGAAAACACGCCGUGUGCAAUUGUCAUGCAAAAUUACAGUACAUACUACCAAUUAGCAAGCACAAGAACUAACGAUUUUGUAAGUGUUGGAACGAGUAGCUCAGGUGUCUUCGCUAGCAUUGGAUUGUCAAAUGUUUAUGCAAUGUAUACUGAAUUAUUAAGCAAUAUUUUCUUGAACAUGCAAAGUGUUAGCAUAGCUGAAUUCCUCAAUAUGGAUCCUGUCCUCAUCGCAAACUAUAUUGCUAAUCAAUCAAUUUCAGUUCCACCUCCGUUAUCUUGUAUUCAAGGAUUAAUUGAUUCACAAAUAAAUACUGUCAAUUCAGCUGCUAAUAAUGUCCAAAAUAACAUCAUAUCUUCAAGCAUCCCACCCAAUUGUAAUCCUCUUUAUGGACAAUUCCAAGCAUUUGAAGGUGUUUGGUAUCAUUAUCUAAAUCAACUUCGUGACUAUGCAAUUAACAACUCAAUUGCACAUCCAAUUUUGACGCCAUUCUUCAUCGCUGAUCUCAUUUGUGAGGUAGAUGUCAUGUUGAUAUUCGCAGCAAAUGCAACAAGCAUAUUGACUGAAGUUGACUCCGAUAUAAUUUACAAUAUACUAACAGGAGUGACUGUGGCACCAUUUGCUUAUCCUCUUAGCUGUAUUGAGACUGACUUGGUCUAUUUGGCUGGUCAGAUUUCUAUUUUGGUGAACAAUAUUAUUCCUGGAUUGCAGAACUUUGCUAUUACUUCUACAAGUGACAUAUCAACAUGCAAUAAGACUCAUCAGUCUCUAUCACCAUACGUUGGUACAAUGGUUACUUUGCUAAAUCAUAAAGCCACAUUAGUAGCUAAUGGAACUAUUUACUUCAUGGCUACAAACUUUGGAGAUCUUUUCCUUGAAUCUUUUGCAUCGGUUCUUUCAUGUCUACCAAACUUAGUUGGCAAAUAUGUUGGUGCUGCACUAAAUAGUAAUGGCGCUCCAAUUAGUGCUUUCAUUAGUGGAAUUCGUAUGACAAUGCCAAAUCCAUUCAAUUGUGUCAACAUUCUCAUCAACAUCAUAAAUAGUUUGAUGAAUCAAGCUGUCGUUAACUUUAUCACUGGAACUAAUGUUGACUUGGCUACACCAAACAUUCCAAGAUUUACAGGAUAAACGUUUGGUAUUAAUGUGUAAACCUUUGGGAAAGUCGUCAUUUAUGAACAGCCCCAUAUUAUGCAAAUUCCCUUAAAUAUUUCAAACUUAUAGUUAUUUAAAUAA